AAAAAAAAACCUUAGAGUGAAGAGAAAAAAAAAAGAGAGAAAAAGAUAAGAGUUUUUUUAUGGAUACACAAAGGUUGCCGAAGAAAGAAGAAGAAGAAGAAUUAGAACCUUCUUCAACCUUCGAGUCUAUUAAUGCUCUCUCUCGAUCUCAAGACCAUUCUAUAGAUGAUUUUGACAGCAUAUUCGACAUCGCUAUUGACAAUUUAAGCUGCUCCCACGAGCUCAAAUGGGAUUUCUGGGGAGCAGACGAAGAUGAAGAUACAGGGGAAGAAGACAAAAGCUUGAGCACUGAUCAAGAAGGCUCAAGUCUGGGGUUUUGGGAAACUAAGCCUACAGAUUACGAAGACAAAGAGUUGGGUCUGAAGCUGAAUCUGAACCAUCAAGAAAUUAUCGAUGCUUGGUCUGAUCAUCAAAAACCUCUGUGGACAGAUACUUCAGCUCCGGCCUAUUCCUUUUAUAGGGGAGAAGUUCCAGUGAUAGAGGAAGAGAGAAACAUGAGAAGAGAAGCAAGUGUGUUAAGGUACAAAGAGAAAAGGCAGAGUAGACUCUUCUCUAAGAAGAUAAGGUAUCAAGUCCGAAAACUCAACGCUGAUAAACGACCUCGUUUUAAGGUCUCUCUCUUCUUCUUCAUCGUUCACUCUAACCUUAAAAACUCUUUUUAACUAUAUUUAUUUAGUUUCAUUUCAUAUGCUCUACCUUAAUACUUGUGCGAGAGAAUAAGCCUAACUUUUACGAAAUUUCUUGGAAAUCUUUUGAAUUAU